GCGCCGCCCUCCAAAGUUCCGGCUGGUUGCUGGCAGAGCGGGGGCCCGCGCCAUGGGCAGCCUCUAUGGGCGCGCUGCGCUGUGGGGGCUGCUGUGCAGGCCGCGCGCCCCGGGCCCGCGCCUGCUUGUGCGCCCCAGCUCCGGAGGACCCUCCUGGACCCAGGAGCGGACUCUGGUUGCGGUGAAGCCCGACGGGGUGCAGCGGCGGCUGGUAGGGGCUGUGAUUCAGCGCUUUGAGAGACGGGGCUUCAAGCUGGUCGCGAUGAAGAUGCUGCAGGCACCAGAGAGGAUCCUUGCUGAGCACUACCAGGACCUACAGAGGAAGCCCUUCUACCCGGCCCUCAUCAGCUACAUGAGCUCUGGGCCUAUGGUGGCAAUGGUCUGGGAAGGGCACAAUGUGGUUCAUGCCUCAAGGGCCAUGAUAGGACACACUGACUCAACUGAGGCUGCCCCCGGGACCAUCCGGGGAGACUUCAGCAUCCACAUCAGCAGGAACAUCAUACAUGCCAGUGAUUCCGUGGAGGGGGCCCAGAGAGAGAUCCAGCUGUGGUUCCAGAGCAGUGAGUUGGUGAACUGGUCAGAUGGGGCCCACCACAGCAGCAGCUACCCAGCCUGAGGGCUUUUGCUGUCCUCUGCACCAGUGUCCACCCAGGACCAGAUACCUCUGUCAACAAGGACUCAAGUCUACACACCCUUCCUUCUCUCCCAAACUAUUUUGUUGUUCACCUGCCCCACACCAGCCCAGAUUUGAGCCCCCAACUUUAUGUGCCUUUCUGUAUCCUAAGCCAGUACAAGACUGGACCAAAUCCUUCUGUACCAAAUUGCCAGACAACCUUUGGGAUAUCUUCAAAGGUGACCUCACCUGUGCCCAAGGAGAGACAUUAAAAUUCACUGCUUAGAAUGAGGGUGGUGUGCUGUCAUUACUUCUGCUUCUCUGAGACAGCAAUGAUGCUUUUAUGCAAGUCGUGAACAGUAAAAGUGAAGCUUACAGUUUUGCUAGCCCAGGAGGGAAUUCCUGACUUUGCUGAAAGUAGGAACCAUUGCUGUCCCAGCCCCCACCUGUCUGAUCAAGAAGGACAGGUGGCUAGCUUACUCAGGAGGAUUGCGAUUUGAGCCGACCCCGGGUAAAUAAUUCUUGAGACCCUAUCUC